UAGCAGGGAACUGUGUAUCACUCUGAUCCGAGUCGCUGACAGAAUCGAAUCGACAACACGAUGGCAGAAGUCGCCCCAGCUGCACCAGCCGCUCCGGCUAAAGCACCGAAGAAGAAGGCCGCAAAGCCGAGCAAGAAAUCUGGACCCGGCGCCAGUGAGCUCGUCCUGAAAGCGGUGUCCGCCUCCAAGGAGCGCAAUGGUCUUUCUUACAUAGCUCUGAAGAAGGCUCUGGCAGCUCAGGGUUACGAUGUGGAGCACAACAGCGCCCACAUCAGACGUGCCGUAAAGAGUCUGGUCGGGAAAGGAUCUCUGGUGCAAACCAAAGGAAUCGGAGCUUCCGGGUCUUUCAAGGCGAGCAAGGCUGCUGAGAAGCCCAAGAAAGCAGUGAAGAAAGCUUCCGCUGCUAAAGUCAAGAAGCCAGCAGCAGCGAAGAAAGCCACUGCCCCCGCUGCUAAGAAGCCAGCAGCCACCAAGAAGUCCAAAGCAGCCAAGACAACCCCGAAGAAAGCUAAGAAACCUGCAGCUGCCAAGAAACCCGCAGCGGCUAAGAAGUCUCCAAAGAGCCCGAAGAAGACGACCAAGAAAGCGGCUACACCCAAGAAAGCAGCGAAGAAGGUGGCUAAACCCAAAGCUGCCAAAGCUAAGAAGGUUACUGCCAAGAAAACAGCCAAGAAGUAAAGGAAGUAAAUUUACACUCAUCAAAAGGCUCUUUUAAGAGCCACCCACAUAUUUCACUGAAGAGCAGGUUUCCUUUUCAGAAGUUUAAGUGUUUAUAUGUAGUACCAGUUCACAUUUGUACAUAGUGUAAUAGUUCUUACAAUAAUUGAAAGGUAAAGUCACUCUCUCAAUCAAAUUACAUGCUUUUUACAUUACAUACUGCUUUCCUGCUGAUCUCACAACACUGGUAGUAAGUAUUGCAUGUUUAUUGCUUGCCUUAUAAUUUUGAACUUGUUUGUACCCUUUAUUUUGAUGUAAUUUUUUUUUUUACUUUUUUGUCUUUUUUUAUUUAAAUGUAUUUAUCUGUAUAUUAUUGCAAUGCCUCCAUUUUCCCUCAGGGGAUCAAUAAAGACUCCUCUGAACCA